AUGUUUAGGUCACCAUCGCGCCUCCACGCUCCGCCCGUCCGCGGCCCCCAGCCCUGCGCAGCGGCACGUCCGGGCCCCCCUCAGAGCCCCUCCUACAUCGGGCAGCAACCCGGGCCGUCCAACGGGGGCCUGACGCCGCAGCUGCCCGAGGAAUCGCCGCCACAGUGGAGAGUCAGCGACGAGGCGGUCCGGGCGGCGUUCUCCUCAGUCAGGGCCCCAGAGGCGCGCCGCACGGAGGCGGAGGUGCACGGAGAGGUGCCGCGAUGGCUGUCGGGGAGCUACCUGCGCAAUGGGCCCGGGGAUUUCGAGGGCAUGCGGCAUCUGUUCGACGGGUACGCGAUGGUUUUCAAGGUCGAGUUCGAUAGAGGGAGGUGCUUCUGUACACAUAGGUUCAUAGAGACGGAGGCGUGGAAGAGUAAACGCGACACAGGGCGCAUGCGGUGGCGCGAGUUCGGGACGGCGAUCCCCGCGGACUCGCCCCUGGAGAAGGCCGCGGAAUACCUGACGACCAUCCUGGGGUCCCUGGGCCUGACUCAGGGCGUGACGGACAACGCGAGCGUCAACGUCGUGCCCUGGGGCGACGGCACCGCGCUCGCGAUGACGGAGACCGUCGCGGGCACCUACACGCUCGACAGCGCCUCCCUGGACACCACGAGCAAGGUGACGUACGACGACGCGCUCCUCGGGCAGCUGACCACCGCGCACCCGCAGCCGGACGGGAGCGGCGGAAUGAUCAACGUGGCGUCGGACCCCGUCAUGGGCUUCACGCUGUACCGCAUACCACUAGGAGGGAACAGCAGGGAGGUGAUUGCACACAUACCACACCGGCGGGCGCUGUCGCCCUGCUGGGUGCACUCGAUAGCGGUGUCCGAGAACUGGGCCGUGGUACCGGAGUACCCGGCCUUCUUCAACCUCCUCGGGCUCAUGACGGACAGGCACGUGAAGCAGGGCGCGUACUUCGUCGAGUGGCGCCCCGCGCUGCGCACGCUCUACCACGCCGUGCACCUCCAGUCGGGCGAAGUGAAGACCUUCCGCGCCCCCGCGGCCUUCGCCUUCCACUUCGUCAACGCGCACGAGUCCCCCGACGGCAACACGCUCUACGUCGACGUCGCGGAGUUCGAGGACCUGGAGGUGGUGGACCGACUCAGCAUCGCAGGUCCCAGCCUCGACACGUCCCGCGGCAUCCCGCCCGCGCGGCUGCUGCGCGUCGAGCUGCCCCUGAACGGCCCGCCGACCUCGGACGACGACAUCAUCGACAUCCACGCGGGCCGCAACCUGGUUCCGGAGCCGGAGGAGUCCCUGGGCGCGUUCUUCGAGUUCCCGGCGAUCAACCCCGCGUGGCGGCGGCGGCGGCAGCGGUACGUGUACGGCGUGUGCGCGGUGCAGCCGACGCGGUUCGGGAACGCGCUGGCCCGCGUGGACUGUUCCUCCGGCGGCGUGGUGGUGUGGCACGAGGAGGGCGCCAUCCCUGGGGAGCCGUGCUUCGUGGCGCGGCCGGGCGCGACGGAGGAGGACGACGGAGUGGUGCUGUCGGUGCUGACGGAGGCGGACGGCGGGGCGGCGGUGCUGGUGUUGGACGCGCGGACCAUGCAGGAGGUGGCGCGCUGUCGCUUGCCGCACCAGAUACCGUACGGAUUCCAUGGGGGCUGGUUCGGGGCGGGCGGCGGGGACGGAGACGCGGGAACGAACGGCAGCAAGCCCGGGUCGUGA